AAAUAAAAGAGAACGUAAAUAUAUGUCUUAAGCAGUCAAAGGGUUAAUUAAAUUACGCACUGUAAUAAUGGAACGAAUAUAGAUCGCUAUUAUAUACUCGUGAGCUUAUCUAAAUGCUCAUCAACAAAGCUCAGUAGUAAUCUCGAUCGAUCCGUUCGCGAAACGUUUUCUUUUCUUACCUGCCUUACUUUUUGUUCGUGCGUUUUCUCUCUUUAACAAUAACACAAGUUUUCUUUUUGCUGAUUAAACAAAUUGGUCAAAGGAUCGAUCAUACGAAGGACAACAUGGAGAAACCUAAAUUGGAUAAUGAAAAGGUGGAAUUAGAUAAUAAAGAAAUAUUCGAUAAAGCUAAUGACGUUGAAAAAAUUGAUGGAACUAAGGAUAUUGUUGUUUCUGUUGAUACGACGGACAAAAGAUUGCAAUCUUACAACACACGAGCUGCCAAUGCUUUUGCAGCGAAGAAAACUGUAGCCCAGGGAAUGAUGGAUGUAGCGUUGAUUACAGCUAAUGCUAAUCAGUUGAGGUACCUUAUUGAAUAUCAACGAAAUAGUCCUACAUUUUACGUCAUUUUGAUCCUCAUUGUCAUCAGUCUUUUGUUACAGAUCGCCGUUGGCGUAAGUUUAAUUUUUAAAGGCAGAUGCGAUAUCAAAGGACAAUCUAAAUCCCUUCAUGCACGAAAAAUUAAUAAUUAUGUUGUCGUCGGCGUUUUUCUUAUAACUAUAAUUAACGUUUUUGUUGCUGCGUUUAGUGUAACUACACCUACUGGUACAGGUGUUGUAUCUACGCCUACGUAGAUAUUAUUCAUGGAAAAUAUAUAAUGUUUAUUUUCAAUAAUAUAUGUCAUAGUUUACACCCUGUUUGUAACAAUACUUCAAAAGUAAUACGAACGAGAAAAAUUCAAAUUAGAAAUAGUAUUUGUAUAUUUUUUUCUGUGAGAGUCUCGUAUUUAUAAUUAAUUAAUAAUUAAUAUAUCAUGCUUUUGAAAUUAUUUUAUGAAUUACAAUUUGUUCAUGUAACAAAUAUUUUGCAUCUUCCAACAUUUUUUUCGAUUAUAUUAUUAAUAAUCAUAUUAAUUGGAUUGUAUAGAAAGAACAUUAGCAAUUGUAAAAUACAUAAAAUUAAUUUUUAACAUUACAUUUAUUCAUUCAAGACAUAACAAUAAAACGAAUAAUUUAUUUUCAUUUACAUGUCAUACUCGUAUGUUGUUAUUUUUUUAUUGUUUUUUUUUUCCCAUUGUGUACGACGAUUUGGACGCACGUACAAUUUCAUUGAAACUAACUACUUAGAUAAAUAACAAUAUCGCUUAAGUAGUAUUUUCUUUUUAAAUAUUUUGUUUAGGCGCGUAUUAUCUAUUAAUAACAAAAAAUUAAAAAUAAUUGUUUAAAGUAAUGUCUAUGAAAAAAAAUACACAAUUUUUUUGUAAACAUGAAAAAACAAACUUGUCUAAUGUAUUUAUUAUGUUAUAUUAGGCUUUAAAUAUGAGAUACUGAAAACAAAUAAAUAUAUUUCAUCGUUGAAGAAUAAUUUAUAAACAUUAUUUUAUAUUCAUAUAGUAUAUGAUUGUAAUAAAUUUU